AUGGAAAGAACUUGGAUGAAUUGUAAGUUGUUUAGCAAGGAGCAUCGGGUUGGGGUCACUGAGUUCAUGAACUUUGUUUCUAAAAAUUUGAGUGGCAAUCAGAAGAUAUUAUGCCCAUGCCGUAAGUGUUUGAAUUGGUUACAUCAAUAUAAAGGACGUGUAGAGGAUGACUUACUUAUGUACGGGAUGUCUAGCACAUACACUCGGUGGAUAAAUCAUGGAGAAGAACCAUUGGUUAUGGCCAAUGUAAAUGUUGAGCAUUUGAAUGAAGAUAUUGGUUGCAAUGUUGAGCAUUUGAAUGAAGAUGUUGGCUGCAAUGUUGAAUUUGGGAUGAAUGAGCCUCAAGAUGACCCAGAAGAUGAUCAAAUGUACCGUAUGGUACAUGAUUUAUGCCCAGAGCAAAAUCAUGGACCAAGAACAAAGUCAAAGUUUGCCACCAUAUUAGAAGAGAUGAAACAGGUGCUAGACCCUAGUGGCCCCUAUACUAGGUUUUCUUUUGUGGUGAAGUUGCUCCACAUCAAGUCAUUUUACAGAAUUAGCAAUGUUGCAUUCAGUGCUUUUUUGGACAUUUUAAGUUCAGCAUUUCCAAAUUGUUCUCUCCCUGUGUCCUAUGCUGAAGCAAAGAAUUUUACUCGUGCAUUAGGACUUGGAUAUGAGUCAAUACAUGUGUGUCCGAAUAAUUGUGUUCUUUUUCGUAAGAAAUUGGCUAAAAAGGAUGCAUGUCCAAUAUGUGGUGCUUCACGAUGGAAGGAUGGAGAUGGCUGAAGGCAGAUUCCAGAAAAGGUUCUAAGGCAUUUUCCUUUGAUUCCAAGGUUGAAGAGGAUGUUUGGAUCAAAAGAACUUUCAGUUGAGGCACAAUGACACAAGUUGAAGAGGAAACCAGUAGACAAUGAGCUUAGCCAUCCUGCUGAUGGUGAGGCAUGGAAGGAUUUUGAUAGGAACUAUGAAUGGUUUGCAAAUGAUGCACGAAAUGUCCGACAUGGCCUCGCUACUGAUGGGUUUAAUCCAUUUGGCAAGAUGAGCUCCUCAUAUAGCAUGUGGCCAGUAUUUCUUAUCCCUUACAACUUUCCUCCAUGGCAAUGUAUGGAACAAUCCAACUUCAUGAUGUGCCUACUUAUUCCUGGUCCAACAUGCCUAGGAAAGGAUAUGGAUCUCUUCCUGCAGCCACUAGUCGAGGAAUUAUUAAAUCCCUGGAGUGGUAUCCCUACUUUGGAUGCAUUGACUGAGAAAGAAUUUGAUCUUCACGCUGCAGUCAUAUGGUGCAUUCAUGAUUAUCCAGCAUUGAGCACACUUUCAGGUAGAAUAACUAGAGGUUACUAUGCUUGUGUUCGCUGUGAUAAAAAUCCUUGCUCCAAAAGACUUAGGAACAAGAUUUGCUACAUUGGCCAUCGUCGUUUUCUUCCCGUCGGCCAUAUUUGGAGGAGAAAGAAAGAUUUUAAUGGUCAGACUGAAGAACGUGUACAACCUAAAGAAUUUACUCAAGACGAGUUGAUGCAGCAAUUGGCGAGGGUGGAACGUGUAAGACCUGGGAACCAUCCUAAUAACAGAAAGAGAAAGAGGGUAGAAGAAGGUCAAUGCUGGAAGCGUAGGUCAACCCUGCGGGAUUUGCCAUAUUGGUCUACUUUGAAGCUACGUCACAAUCUUGAUGUUAUGCAUAUUGAGAAAAAUAUAUGUGAGGCCCUUCUCGGUACAUUUCUCAACAUCGUAGGCAAAUCAAAGGACUCUGUUACUGCGAGGCUUGAUUUGGAAGAUAUGGGCAUAAGGAAAAAUUUACACUUGAAGGAUGAUGAGAAUUCAUCAUGCUCUGCUCCACACACUCCAUUUAUGAUGACUAAAGCUCAGAAAAGUGCUUUUUGUGCUUUCAUAAAGAAUGUCAAAUUCCCAGAUGGAUAUGCCUCCAAUUUAGCAAGGUGUAUUAGUGUGGAUGAAUGCAAAUUACAAGCAUUGAAAACUCACGAUUGUCAUAUCCUUCUACAAAGGAUAUUACCAGUCGUCUCCUAGGAAUCAUGCAUAAGGAAAUAUAUGAAGCAAUUACUGAAUUAGGUAACUUUUUCCAGCAAAUUUGUGCUAAGAAAUUGAAGUUAGAUGUCUUGAAUAGGAUGAGAGGUGAAAUCCCAAUAAUAUUGUGCAAGCUUGAGAAGAUUUUCCCACCUUCCUUUUUUGAUGUGAUGGUGCACUUGCCCAUUCAUUUAAUCGAUGAUGCAAUCCUACGAGGUCCAGUUCAAUAUGGAUGGAUGUACCCUGUAGAACGCAGGUUGCUGGCCUUGAAACGUUUUGUGAGGAACAUGGCAAGGCCUGAGGGGUCCAUUGCAGAGGCAUAUGUCGCAAAUGAGUGCUUGACUGCUUGCUCAAGGUAUUUCGAUGAUGUUGACACUAGGCACAAUCGUGCGGGCAGGAACAAAGAGCGUGUUCCUAUGAGUACAUGUGGUUUAUCUAUUUUCCAGCAUGGAGCAAAUCUGUUGGGGGCACCGAGGCUUAAAUAUGAUGAGAAGGAGUAUGACAUGAUGGUUUGGUAUGUCCUCAACAAUACUAAGGAGGUCGAGCCAUUUAUAGAGAUUUACAGGAAUGAGAUGGCUGCCAAUGGUAAUGUUGAGGAGAACCUUGCUAAGGAAUUUCUAGGAUGGUUUAGGAAACAUCUUGCUACUCGAAGGUUUGUAAAUGGAGAACAAAUCAGUGAAGACCUAUAUGCAUUGGCAAGUCUACCACUUCUUAGAGUUCGUAUAUUUUUAGGAUGUAUUGUUGAUGGUGUCCGAUAUCACACCGUGGACCGUGAGAGAAAUAAAAGAACACAAAAUAGUGGAGUCAUGGUUGAGGGGUCACAUAAUGGAGAAGAUAUAGACUUUUAUGGUCAGCUAAAAGAAGUAAUACAAUUGCAGUACAACUCUGAUGUUGACUGUCAAAGGACAGUGGUGUUAUUCAAGUGUGAUUGGUCUGAUACCUGUAGCAAAAAGUCUAGGAUGAAGAAUGAUGGAUAUUUCAAGAGCAUUAGCCAUAGCAGUUGUUGGUACAAGGAUGACGCUUUCAUUCUUGCCACACAGGCAACAAAGAUUUUUUACUUGGAUAAUAACAAGCAUGGUGAACCUUGGAUAGUUGUUCAAAAAUUUUCGCAUCGACACUUGUGGAAUGUGAAUGAAGAAGCAAAUGAUGACAAGCAAGAGGGAGGGGUGGUUGAUCUGACAUACCAAGAUGAUGAGCAAGAAAUAUCUCGAGUUGAAACUGUGGAAGGAUCUUCGGUCGACGAACAGCCAAUCAACACAGAAGAUGGUAUUAGUGUGGCAAAGUCCCUAGUUGAUCAGAUUCGUAGGCAGCGGGAUCUGGAAGUUAACGAACAUGACUUGUACAAUGAUGAUGAUGCUACUUUAGAUCAGUAUGAUAGUGAAAAUGAAUGUACAAUUAUGAUCCCUAAUGAUGAUGGUGAGUAUAGUGAUGUUGAGUAAUUGAGAUAUGUGAAUUUGAGUUGAGUUGUGAUGAAAUUGUAGUUUUUAAAUAGCUCCUAAUGUGUCUUAGAAGCUGCUGAAUUUGUUACCUGUAAAAUAAUUAUUAUUUGUGAACUCAGUUAUGUAAACUCCUUAAUUGGGAUAUGUGAAUUCGAGAUGUUCUUGGUCCCGAGAAUUUUA